ACAAAAACUAAGAUGCCAAUGAGAAACGAGACGUCAUGUCUCCUCAUUAUCUUCUUCUUCCUCCUCCGGGCGAAGACUCCCCUUUCUCCUGAGGCUUGACUUUCAACUUUACAUCUAACCUGAGGCUGCACGUCCUCUACUUGGUCCAGGAGAUGAAUAAUAAUGCAAGCUGAACACGCCCAUCAUCCUCCAAAAGUGCUGAAUUCAACUAUCCGGUCUUGCUUGUUAUCCGCCACCAACUUGCCCCCACCACCGUGGUUAUAUUUUCAUAGUAAACUUCAGCCGUCGCACCCGGUAAUUUCUUUAACGGUUUCUUUCACAUGGCUUGUUUUACUGGCUAGAGUAACGUUAUUUUGGCAUUAAUUCACACACGCAAAGUGAAUACACGAAUAGGAAAAAAAAAUGGAGAAUAAGGGGCGACGUGCCAAUAAUACAGUAUAACGGUUCACUACUGGAUGGAGAUGACAACAAACUGCCACGAACCAACAUUCUCCAGGAAAUACGUCACGUUUAGAGCCGACUGGACUCUCCGGUGUGUUUGAUUUGCGUCACCGUGGUCGUUUAAAUGGGCGGGUAACCGAUUUUAUGUAGCCCGAAGCAGGAUUAAAGCAUAUAAUAAAUGUACCUACGUUCACGUGUAUCCACUUUUUAAUCGAUGUUAACAGUUCACCUUCUUAAGCAGAUCUCUUGGUUUGAUUGCUGUGUGUGACCGCCAUCUUCUGGAUGUCUAUUCAAUUUACACAAAUGACUAAAAAGCACAUCGUACGGUAGAGGGGGCCAUAACACAAAGCUCUCAGUCCGCAUGUCAUGGUUGUGUCUACCCCACCCGCCGAAGAAAGCUCUGCCAUUCCAAACCAGUCCAAACCGGGUUAACCGGCCGUGACAUGUGUCGACCUACGUGGAUGUCACUGCAUCUGAGUGACAGCUCCACACACAGUUUCCGAAGAGCUGCACUUAUGAUUUACGAAUACGUCCUGUGACUUCGAGGAUGGACUUUCGUGGCAGGAGGCAUGAGCGAGGGAGCAACUGGACCGACCCGGAGAUAGUGGAGCUGCUCCAGCUGUGGUCCGAUGAGUCGGUCCAGAUUGAAUUGGAGAGUUCAUUGCGCAACCAGCGUGUAUUUGACCGCAUAGCCCACAUUUUGCGUGAAAAGGGUAUCUACCGUACCGGUGACCAGUGCAGGGAGAAGAUAAAAAAGAUGAAGCUGGAGUACCGCCGCAUUAAGGACAACCACAAAAUGAGGUCCUGGAAGUUCUAUGAUGUGAUGGACAGGGUGCUGGCGAACCGACCAGCUAUUACCUACUCCUCCUUGGGCGGAGCUGUCAUAGCUCAACAGGUGUUUCAGAGCCAGGGUGGACCUGAAGCAUACCUGCAAGGACUCCCAGCAGGUACCUUUGGUCCUACUUCCUCAGGGGGGUUUCUGUUUGGUCACCCCCCAAAACCUGGAGAUUUAGUGGAUAUUAAAUGUGAAGAUGAUGAGGAGAGCAUGCUGAAUUCAGGUGCGGCUCCCCCUGAGAUGUACUAUGGAUCUGGAGAGGACCAGGAAACUGAUGGUCAGUCUCUACUGGGGCCAGAGGACUCUCUGGGUCGAGGAGAGAGCUCAACAAAUGCAAGAAUCUCACCCUCAGGUUUUAGUGACCUGAACAAUGCCUGUUCUGCCACAGGCGCCUCACAGGCUGUUGGGGGUCCUGUGCCACGGGACACACCUGAGCUGCCCAGCAAAAAUGGUCCUCAUACACCAGCCUCUGGGAGACAGAGGAAGCGUCGCCUGGGUGGCAAAACAUCAUGGGGCCUUGGGAAUGCUAGGUGUGGCGGUCAAAGGAGCCUGGAUAAAGCAUUGGCCAGCUUCCUGAACUGGCAGCAGUCAGCAGAGGAGCGUCUCCUCUCCCUGGAGGAGGCGCGACUGGAGAGAGAGUUGCAGGCCGAGGAGCGCAGGGAACAGCGGGAGGAGAGGAGGGCCGAACAGGAGCGCCAGCACGAGCUCCGCCUGUUCAGCAUGCUCACGGGGGCAUUGGUUGCUGUCAGACAGGGUGCUCCGACCGCUGCGACAACACCGACUGACCCCUCCUCCUCACCCCUAGCUCAUCUGUCAGCCUCACAGAUGACCACAGCUGCCCCCUCUGUCUCGUCAUCUUUAUCUCAGCCACCUUCAGAAGCUCCCACUACACAGGCUGUUUCCACUCAGGAGACGAUAAAGUCAACACCGCCUACAUCUAUCAAGGCCUGCAAAAUGUUUCAGAGUGUUUUGGCAACAGCGAGAGGUGCAGAAACUCUCGGCCCCAGCGCGUACCUGUCCAACCGUGGCAACAGCAUCCGACAGCAUCAAGGCAUUCUCCAGGAGGGCUAUGUCCAAUAUGCAACGGACAAACACCACGAUACAGAUAACCCUGAUGGUAUAAUCAACAUGGGUACCAGUGAGAACAAACUAUGCUAUGAUCUUCUUCAUAAACGGCUGACCAAGCCUGAAAUGCUAAAUAUUGACCCGUCCUUGUUGCAGUAUUCAGACUGGAGGGGACAUACAUUCCUGAGAGAGGAGGUUGCAAAGUUCCUAACUCACUACUGCUGUUCUCCAAACCCACUGAAAGCUGACAAUGUUGUGGUGAUGAAUGGCUGUGGUUCCCUGUUCUCGUGUAUCGCUGCAGUGAUUUGUGACCCUAAAGAUGCCAUUCUCAUUCCUACUCCUUUCUACGGUGUCAUCACUGAGGAUCUAGAUAUGUAUAGUGAUGUAAAACUCUUUCACGUUCCUCUCGACUGUGAGGCCGAUGGCAAAGACAGCAGGCCUUUCCACCUUACUGUGAGCAAACUGGAGGAAGGUCUGAAGAGGGCUAAACAAGAGGGUUUGACUAUCCGGGGUGUUAUUCUGAUGAACCCCCACAACCCUCUGGCUGAGAUCUACACCCUGGAAGAGAUGAUUGCCUUCUUGGAGUUUGCCGAAAGAAAUGAGCUCCACUCUAUCGUUGAUGAAGUGUACAUGCUGUCGGUCUUUGAUGAAUCUGUCGCCUUUCACAGUGUCCUCAGUAUAGACAGUUUGCCCAACCCACAGAGGACGCAUGUAAUGUGGGGGAUGACCAAGGACUUUGCAAUGGCAGGAUUCAGAAUAGGCACUCUCUAUACCGAGAACAGAGACCUCGUGGAGGCUUUGGCUCAGCUGGGCUCAUUCCACGGUAUAUCUGGAACCACACAGCGGCAGGUAGCACAACUGCUUCAGGACAGAGAGUGGAUCAGCGAGGUAUUUUUGCCCGAGAACAGGGGCAGACUGAAAGCUGCUCACAGUUACCUGACAGGAGAGCUGCGGAGUAUGGGCGUUCCCUACCUGGACAGACCUGCUGCACUGUAUGUCUGGGUUGACCUCAGAAAGUACCUCAGAGAGUCGUCGUUUGAGGAGGAGCUUUCCCUGUGGAAGCGUUUCCUCAGACACAAGGUGGUGUUGAGCUGUGGUCAGGCUUUCUCCUGCUCCACGCCCGGCUGGUUCCGCAUUGUCUUCUCCGACCAACAGCACCACCUUCAGCUCGGCCUGAAGCGAAUUGGUGCCGCCUUGAAAGAAAUUGAAGAAAAAAGCAGCAGCCCCGAUUCCCUCUCUAUCAAAGAAGCCUGUGAGGAAAGCAACCUAUCAGAGAAAGAGGACAGUGUAGAUUCAGACAAUGCUGCGGUUGUCAAUUCAACAUCACCACCCCAGAGCAAGUCAUCGGACCAGCUGAAGGAGAAGGAUAGCCCUGUUCCUGACACAGGCUCGCUGGCCACCGAGGAGUUGGUGUUGCUGGAGUGCCAAGCAUCAAAGCCCGCAGACAGUCUGGACUCUCUGAUUGGCACUCUCAGGCACCAGAUCCACGCCUCAGAUUGGCUGGAGAAAAACACUCCAGAGCUGUCUGCUGGGGAGGAUCCAGAGAUUCUUGAUGUAUUCAAGGCCCUGCUGCAAAAAGCCAGAAAGUAAGCUUAGGAUAAACAUGCACAAAUGUAGCUGCCAGCUUUCAAGAGGCAGUACUUCAGCAUCCGUCUUAGUCCCUGCGUUUAUGGUGAAAAGCUUGACACAAACACCUGACUAAAGAGGAGAGAAGAAGGAAAGGAAAGCAGGCAAGGCCAGGAUGGAAGGACAUGACAGAGUACUUUUCUAUCUGAAUCUUGAGGCCUUAUUUUUAAGCUGCUUAAGGAGACAGCCUUGCUUUCUUUUGUGAACGCCAAAUGUAAAUCAACCAAAUCAGUUGCGUUUUAUUGUUAAACAUUUUAAUCGUAUUCUAAAUUGUACAUCUUUAUUAUUUUGUCAUAUGCACUUUAUUUUAUCAGAAUGUAUUUCUGUAAAGUUAAUGAUCUGUGAAUAAAGGAAUUAAGUAUUGUCCUUA